AACAUUAUUACAUAUUUUAUUAUUUAACUAAAUUAUCGCCUCACAUAAAUUAUCGUUUCCAGUUUCUGAAGUAUCAUCUCCUUGUUUCAACCCUCCGCCAUUAGUUCCUUCCUCCCCAGCGCCAAUGGAGAGAGUGGUGCUCACACGCUCAUUCUCCUCAUCUCCUUCCUCUGCACUCGCCUCCGCCAGAUUCUUCUCCCGCUCGCUCCACCGCCUUGCUCGGAUUCCGAAGCGCCACCGUCUAGUCCCGAACGGCCACCGCCGCUCCUUACUCCGGCGGCACCUCGGCCUCAUCUCGCCAGCCUCUAGACAUGCUCUUCACAUGGAAAGGCACUUUUGCCCUCUUUCGGUCCGCGCGGUCUCCACAUCCCCUGCUCAGUCCUCGCCUGAGGUUUUGGGAGCGGAUGAUGAUGUUGCGGAGAAGCUCGGGUUCGAGAAGGUGUCAGAGGAAUUUAUCGCGGAGUGUAAAUCCCGAGCGGUGCUAUAUAAGCACAGGAAGACUGGUGCCGAGAUUAUGUCAGUGUCCAAUGACGACGAGAACAAAGUAUUUGGCAUUGUAUUCAGGACUCCUCCAAAAGACUCGACAGGAAUUCCUCAUAUAUUGGAACACAGUGUGUUAUGUGGUUCGCGAAAAUAUCCAUUGAAAGAGCCGUUUGUUGAGCUGUUGAAGGGGAGCUUGCAUACGUUUCUGAAUGCAUUCACAUAUCCUGAUAGGACUUGCUAUCCAGUUGCCUCCACCAAUGCCAAGGAUUUCUAUAACUUGGUUGAUGUGUACUUAGAUGCUGUCUUUUUUCCCAAAUGUGUGGAAGACAUUAAAACCUUUCAACAGGAAGGUUGGCAUUAUGAACUGAACGACCCUUCGGAAGACAUAAUUUAUAAAGGUGUUGUUUUCAAUGAGAUGAAAGGUGUUUAUUCUCAGCCUGACAGCAUCCUUGGCCGAGCUUCCCAACAGGCUCUUUUUCCUGACAACACUUAUGGUGUUGAUAGUGGUGGUGAUCCGCAAGUAAUUCCUAAACUAACUUUCAAGGAAUUCCAGGAGUUCCACCGAAAAUAUUACCAUCCAAGCAACGCUAGAAUAUGGUUUUAUGGAGAUGAUGAUCCAAGUGAAAGGCUACGAAUUUUAAGUGAAUAUCUAGAUAAGUUCGAAGCUAGUUCAGCUCCUGAGGAAUCAAGAGUUCAUCAUCAGAAAUUGUUUUCGGAACCUGUCAGGAUUGUCGAAAGAUAUCCUGCUGCUGAAGGGGAGGACCUGAAAAAGAAGCACAUGGUGUGCCUCAAUUGGCUCCUCUCUGAAACGCCGCUUGACUCAGAGACUGAGCUGGCCCUAGGCUUUCUGGAUCAUUUGUUGAUGGGAACUCCUGCUUCUCCUUUGAGAAAAGUUCUUCUAGAGAGCCGCCUGGGAGAUGCUAUUGUUGGUGGUGGGGUUGAAAGUGAGCUCCUUCAGCCUCAGUUUAGUAUUGGAUUAAAAGGCGUAUCAGAUGAGGACAUUAAAAAAGUAGAAGAAUUAAUCUUGACCACAUUUAAGAAAUUGGCGGAGGACGGCUUCGAUUCUGAUGCUGUGGAGGCAUCAAUGAAUACGAUUGAAUUUUCUCUAAGAGAAAACAACACCGGUUCAUUUCCUCGUGGAUUAGCACUAAUGCUUAACUCAAUUGGGAAGUGGAUAUAUGAUAAGGAUCCUUUCGAACCAUUGAAAUAUCAAGAACCUCUAAAGGCUUUGAAAGCUAGAAUAGCUGAAGAAGGCUCCAAAUCAGUCUUUGCUCCCUUAAUAGAAAAGUUCAUUUUGAACAACCCACACCGUGCAACUAUAGAAAUGCAGCCUGAUCCAGAUAAAGCUUCCCGUGAUGAAGUAACUGAGAAAGAAAAUUUGGAAAAGGUCAAAGCUAGUUUGACCCAGGAGGAUCUGGCUGAGUUGGCCCGUGCAACGCAUGAACUCAAGUUGAAACAGGAGACUCCUGAUCCACCUGAAGCUCUGAAAUGCGUGCCAAGCCUUUCUUUGCAAGACAUUCCUAAAAAGCCUAUACAGAUUCCUAUAGAGGUUGGCGAUAUCAAUGGUGUAAAGGUUUUGCAGCAUGACCUUUUCACAAAUGAUGUCCUAUAUGCAGAAGUUGUAUUUAAUAUGAGCUCCCUAAAGCAGGAGCUUCUGCCUUUGGUGCCACUAUUCUGCCAAUCCCUGCUUGAGAUGGGUACAAAGGACAUGGAUUUUGUACAACUAAAUCAAUUAAUUGGAAGAAAAACUGGUGGGAUAUCUGUAUAUCCUCUUACAUCAUCAGUUCAUGGACGGGAGGAACCAUGCAGCCGUAUAAUUGUUCGAGGCAAAGCUAUGUCAGAACAAAAGAUAGAGGAUAAUUUGCUGAAGACUACUUAUCUACACAUUGCUUUCAAUGCACAUUGCAUUGUAGCGUGGUUUUCUUCCAUAUAUACAGUCAACCGUGUGAUUCAAGAUGUUCAAUUGACAGACCAAAAGCGCUUUAAGCAGUUUGUUUCUCAGAGCAAAGCCAGAAUGGAGAAUCGUUUGAGGGGCAGUGGGCAUGGUAUUGCGGCUACAAGAAUGGAUGCCAAGCUCAACACUGCUGGUUGGAUCUCUGAAAAAAUGGGUGGUCUCAGUUACCUUGAAUUUUUACAAGCUCUUGAAAAGAAAGUUGACGACGACUGGCCUGAAAUAUCUUCUUCCCUUGAGGAGAUACGAAAAUUAUUGAUUUCGAAGAAUGAUUGCCUCAUAAAUCUGACUGCUGAUGCGAAUAAUCUCCAGAACGCAGAGAAAUAUGUCAGCAAAUUUUUAGAUAUGCUUCCCGAGACUCCUCCAGUCGGAUCAACUGCUUGGAGUGCUCGACUCCCUCCCACGAACGAAGCUAUUGUGAUACCUACUCAGGUGAAUUACGUUGGAAAAGCAGCUAACCUUUUCGAGGCUGGCUAUCAACGUAAAGGCAGCUCAUAUGUCAUCUCUAAAUACUUGGGCAACACAUGGCUGUGGGAUCGUGUGCGUGUCAGUGGUGGAGCGUAUGGAGGAUUUUGUGAUUUUGACUCUCAUUCAGGUGUGUUCUCGUACUUGUCUUACAGAGAUCCCAACUUGUUGAAGACACUCGAUAUUUAUGAUGGAACAAGCAACUUUUUGAGGGAACUUGAACUGGACGAUGAUGCCCUCACUAAGGCAAUUAUUGGGACUAUUGGAGAUGUUGAUGCCUAUCAGCUACCCGAUGCCAAAGGAUAUAGCAGUUUACUGAGAUACUUGUUAGGAGUCACCGAGGAGGAAAGACAAAUUAGACGAGAAGAGAUUUUGUCGACAAGGUUGAGUGACUUCAAGGAAUUUGCUGACGUGGUCGAUACGGUUAAGGACAAAGGUGCCGUGGUUGCCGUGGCCUCGCCCGAGGAUGUCGAUGCAGCCAACAAGGCGCGUCCCGAUUUCUUCCAAGUGAAAAAGGCACUUUAAGUUAUUUCAAGUGAGUAUUGAGAAAUUCACAUAAAUGUUACAUUGUUUUAUUUAUAUACUCUUGCACUAAAAUCAGGCUCGAAAACUGGAAAAAACAAUAUCCAUACACGUGGCAAGUAAAUUGCAUUUUUAUCAUCUUGCAGUUUGAUAAGCUUUACAGUUAAGAGCAAAACUCACUCGUCUUGGUCAAAAUUAUGUAUUAUGUCGAACUGCUGAUUUAGUAGACUUGAAAUUUUGUUGAAUUUUUCUUCUGAUUUUAAGUUGGUUUCUCACUCAGAAAUGUUUGAAGGACGAUCACAUCCUAAAGCAUUAAGCAUGGCAUGGGUUUAAAUUUAAUUGUAAUAAUUUCAUGCUCUUUAUAUUUCACUUUUCUUUGUUUUGAAGAAGUAUUUCAUAUUUAAUGAUUUUUCUUUUUAUGCAAUUAUGCACGAGGGGGAAUCGAACUAAAUUCAAGAUGGGCCCCUCUCCUCCAUUAAUAUAUAAAAAAAAUAAAGUAAAAAUUCAGAAAAUGAAAAUGAAAUUUCAAAAAUCUGAAAUUGCAUGUAACAUCACAGUCGAGCGUCGCACAAGGAAUUGCUGCAACUAUGUUACUUUCUUGUUAUUGUUUUCCAGCAAACAGACUGCCGAGGCCUGCAGUCCCUCUGAUUUUUUCCUUGCGUGUGUCAUUUUUCUUUUUAAUCUUUUUAUUUUUUAAAUUUGGAAAUGGACAGGGACAGAGCCCUGGUUUUUAGGG